CACUACCAAUGCACAGGCAAACAGUCAGCCCUCUCUGAACUGCUGCUGACACCCACAUCGACUCCUCCUCCAGCUCCUCCCCCCUCUGCUUCAUCCUACUCCUCCACCUCCUCACCUCUUCCUCCUCCAUCCUCUCACAUGUUGCUCAGUGCCCUGAUACAGGAUGAGGCUUCCAGCCAUGUGGGAAUUUCUGUUAAUAGUGGCUCACGGUUGAAUCUGCAUGGUGAAGGAAACGGUGCGGCGUCCAUCCAAGAAGCUUUUUCUGUCUAAUGACACAAAACCUGUUCUGCAGCCGUGGAGAUCCAAGAACCAACCUUAAGCGUCUCUUACUUGUCUUCUGAUCAUCACCGAGGGACAACGAGAGGGUCUUUCCUGUUAAUUCACUCUUCUGUGAAAAAGGUCUGAGCAGCACCCACGAGGUACCUAUGCUGCUUUGUCACCGGACACUGAACAGCUGUUGCAUUCACCAUCUCAUCUAAGAAGAGAAGAGCUAUACUACACCGACGAUGCUGAAAAUUCUUGUUUGCAUCAAAAGCACCCCGUACUUAGCAACUGAUGAGGAUGCGAGACGGUGUGAUGAUCUACCUGUAUUUGACAAGUGUGUUUUUCACCUCGUUGGAGAGAGCAGUGUAGAGGAGACAAGUCAGUGAGAGGGAACAGGGGAGGGGAAGACAGAGCCAGUGAGGGAAGGUGUGAAGCAAACGCUGUGAAACAAGGAGAGGCAGAAAGAGCAGAGAAAGACACUGGGAACCGAAAAAGUGAGACAACUCUGCAAGACUGAAGGAAAACCAGCGAAUCAAAGAACUGGCCAAAUGCCCGUUUAAUGCUGGAGGAUCGUGUUUUGUCAAGGACGACACAGAUAUAUAGGGGGGUACUCUUUCUUCUACAUGGAACCACAGAGGAGCAUCUUACACUGGGCCUCCAACUUUACUGGUGACAUUAAAUACAACAACAUGGACGUGGAUCUUGCAAACCACACUUUUGGGAACACAACACAUGUCCAUGUUGCUCCCCACAGCCUUUGGGAGGCCAUAGCCAUCGCUACGGUAUCAGCCAUUGUCAGCUUGAUAACCAUUGUUGGUAAUGUGCUGGUGAUGCUGUCUUUUAAAGUCAACAGCCAGCUAAAGACUGUGAACAACUACUACCUACUGAGUUUGGCCUUCGCUGACCUCAUCAUAGGAGUGUUGUCCAUGAACCUGUACACAACAUAUAUCCUGAUGGGAUACUGGUCUCUGGGGAACCUUGCGUGUGAUCUUUGGCUAGCAGUGGAUUAUGUAGCCAGUAAUGCUUCAGUUAUGAACUUACUUGUCAUUAGCUUUGAUAGAUACUUUUCCAUCACAAGGCCACUAACAUACAGAGCAAAGAGGACUCCAAAAAGGGCUGCUAUCAUGAUUGGCCUGGCAUGGCUGGUGUCUUUUAUUCUUUGGGCUCCACCAAUUCUUUGUUGGCAGUACUUUGUAGGUAAAAGAACAGUGCCAUUGGACAAGUGCGAGAUCCAGUUUUUGACUGAGCCUGUGAUCACAUUUGGGACAGCCAUUGCUGCUUUCUACAUCCCAGUCUCUGUUAUGACCAUCCUGUAUUGCAGGAUCUACAAGGAGACACAGAAACGGACCAAGGAUCUGGCCGAGCUGCAAGGCCUCGCAACAGAGAAUAUUCCAGAGGGAACUAAACCACAAAAAACUAUCAUUCGCUCUUGCUUUCAUUUCACUAGAGAGAGGCGAGAGCGGAGCCAGGCAUCAUGGUCUUCAUCUAACCAAAGCAAUGCCACUAAAACCACCACCAGGUCAGAUGAGGCCUGGGCAAAAGCAGACCAGAUCACAUCCUUUAACAGCUACACCUCAUCUGAGGAGGACGAACACCAUGUUUCAGUGGAGACCCCACAGGGAUCCUUUAAAGAUCAAAGUAGCAGGCAGAGUAGUAAGAAUGGACAAGUGGCUGAAUAUGUAGAGGAUCAGUAUUUUUCCACACCUCCCAAGAAGAACAGUAAAAAGGGCAUUUCUUAUAAGUUCAAACCAGGCUCAAAGAGUAAAAACAGCGAUCCUACACCUGCAUGUCCCUGCCCUGCUGAAACAGAGCAAACAGCCAAAAACCCCUCCCCUGCUUCCUCCACCGCAUCCAAACCUAUGGACCCCACCUUGAAGAACCAGAUCACCAAGAGGAAGCGGAUGGUGCUGGUGAAGGAGAAGAAGGCGGCACAGACCCUCAGCGCCAUCCUCCUGGCCUUCAUCCUCACGUGGACUCCAUACAACAUCAUGGUGCUCAUCUCCACAUUCUGCGCCGAGUGCAUCCCUGAAUCCCUGUGGCAGCUGGGCUACUGGCUGUGCUACGUCAACAGCACCAUUAACCCCAUGUGCUACGCCCUCUGCAACAAAACCUUCCAGAAGACCUUUAAGAUGCUCCUGCUCUGCCAGUGGAGGAGGAGGAGGGGCGAGGACAAGUUGUACUGGUGUGGACAGAACCCAAACAUCAACAACAAAAUGACUUGAUCUGGCGCCGCAGUAUUAGAACAGACUUAUUACUUUUGCUUACAUGUGGAUUUUCACCAUAUAUUAGUCAGCUGUCAUCCUCAGCAUGAAGCGCUGCAUGUGAUUUUUGUGUAAAAUACAUAUUGGAAAAUGAGCUGAGCCUGAUGCAGCACCUCAGCUGCUGUUUCACAGUUUUAAAGAAAAGAAAUCUCAUACAGGUGGCUACACAUUCACACAUAAUUUAAUGUUAAAACUAGAUCUAGAUUAUGUUUUAGAAUACUUUAAUUCAAUACAAUGUGUAUUUAAAGAGUUACUGGUCACUGUAAUCAUUCCUCUUGUCUAUACUGGCUUUGAUAACACACAAUACAGUACUGUCACAAUAUGUUGCCUGGAUACUUGAUACACUACAAGACAAUCAUCUACAAAACAUGUCUGAGCAGCUGGAGGAGGAAAAGCAGCCCUAAAAAAGCAAAAAGCAGUUAUCUAUUUAUUCACCACAUUGCAGUGUCAGUUUCCUUGACCUGAGAUGAAAUGAUGUACAAAAAAAGAGUCUUAGCUUAGUGCCUCUAACACACACUAGAUCUACAUAUUGUCCCAACAUUGAAAAGAUGACGGACAAAAUCCUCAAGUGGAUUUAUAGCUAAAAGAAAAUAGUAUGACAAUAUUUGACCAAUAAUCCCCUUCAAGUAGGGCUAGGUGAAAUAACCUAAAAAUAGAAUCAAAAUUUUAAAGGUCGUAGAGAUGAUUCAUGCUACCUUUCUUCUAUCUAAAUAAACUCAAGAUCAAAUGAUUUUUUUUUUUUCCAAAUAAAAAAUCUAUACACUGUAAACAUGCAAUAUCAAACAAUUACUAGAAAAAAAACACCAUUUCAGUGUGUCAGUGUACAUUAUUUGCUGAAAAAUAAAUCUGAAUAAACUAAAACAGCACUUGUGCGCAAUGACUGCAGAAACAUGCUCAUAAUGAACAGAUUAAAACAGUUUGUAGUGUGAUGAGCAAGAAAGGAUACUGCCCAUUCAUACCUUCAAAUAAUUUAUAAAACUAAAUAAUAAUGUUCUGCAUCGAAUAAUAAAAGUGAAAAGACCUUGGUAAAAAAAAAAAUUAAAAUGCCAAAAGUUUGGCUUCAAUCCUCCUGGUAAGUUCACACAACAAAUUUUCAAUUCAGUUUCAUUUAUAUGUAGUUCCAAAUAUCAACAAAAAUUACGUCAAGGCACAUAAUAUAGUAAGUUUAAGGCAUUGGAACAUCAUAAAGUCAACAAGUACAACUUUAGAAAGCAUUUGGUGAACUGAAAUUUAAUAUAAACAAGAGAAAAAUGAUCCUCCUUCAGCACAGACAUCAUACUGCAUAGUGAAACUCAAACAGCGCUGUG